GCCCCACCACUGCAAAUAGGAACUCUUGAUACUUAUUAGUCAUUUUCGAUUUCAUUUCUUUGAUAGUCUUUAACCAUUUUUAUGUUGAACCCAGUUCAAUAAACAAGAAAGCUUUGAUCUUUUCUAUUUCUUUUGAAGAAAAAUGGCAUCUUCAGCUUUCUUUUGCAACUCAAUCAAUCCAUCAACUUCAGUUUUUUCAAGAACCCAUUUCUCGUUUCCAAUUUUUAGUACCUCUACCGUGGAAUUCUCAUCUUUUGCACAAUACAACUUUCAUUUCAAAACAAAGAAAAGUGACCACCAAAACAAGAGAUUUACACAAGUCAAAGCUGUGGUGACUGAGUCACCUACUGUGGCCGAGUCAAAUGGGAAACUUUCAGAGCAAAAGAAACUCAGGAUUCUUGUUGCUGGAGGUGGGAUUGGAGGGUUGGUUUUUGCAUUAGCAGCUAAAAGGAAGGGCUUUGAAGUAUUGGUUUUUGAGAAAGAUUUGAGUGCUAUAAGAGGAGAAGGACAGUAUAGAGGUCCUAUUCAGGUGCAGAGUAAUGCAUUAGCUGCUCUAGAGGCUAUUGAUUUAGAGGUUGCUGAAGAGGUUAUGAGAGCUGGGUGUAUUACUGGUGAUAGAAUUAAUGGCCUGGUUGAUGGUGUUUCUGGUACUUGGUACUGCAAGUUUGAUACCUUCACUCCUGCAGCAGAACGGGGGCUUCCAGUCACAAGAGUCAUUAGCCGAAUGACUUUGCAACAAAUCUUAGCGUGUGCAGUUGGAGAAGAUGUGAUUAUGAAUGCAAGUAAUGUUAUUAAUUUUCAGGAUAAUGAGGAUAAGGUCACCGUGACGCUUGAGAAUGGACAGCAAUUCGAAGGUGAUCUCCUAGUUGGUGCUGAUGGAAUUUGGUCAAAGGUGAGGAAGAACUUAUUCGGGCCAAAGGAAGCCACAUACUCCGGCUACACUUGUUAUACUGGCAUUGCAGAUUUUGUGCCUGUUGAUAUUGAGUCUGUUGGGUAUCGAGUAUUUCUUGGUCAUAAACAAUACUUUGUUUCUUCGGAUGUGGGUGCUGGAAAGAUGCAGUGGUAUGCAUUUCACAAUGAACCACCUGGUGGCGUGGAUAGCCCCAACGGUAAAAAGGAAAGGUUGCUGAAAAUAUUUGAGGGUUGGUGUGAUAAUGUAAUAGAUCUGUUGCACGCCACAGACGAAGAUGCUAUUCUUCGACGUGACAUAUAUGACAGAGAACCUGUUUUUACAUGGGGAAAGGGUCGCGUGACAUUGCUUGGUGAUUCAAUUCAUGCCAUGCAGCCUAAUAUGGGUCAAGGAGGGUGCAUGGCCAUUGAGGAUAGUUAUCAACUCGCAUUGGAGCUUGAUAAGGCAUGGAAACAAAGCAUCGAGUCAGGAACCCCCGUUGAUGUUGUUUCAUCUCUAAAGAGCUAUGAGAGAACUAGAAGACUUCGAGUUGCCAUCAUCCAUGGAAUGGCAAGAAUGGCUGCUAUUAUGGCUUCGACUUAUAAAGCUUAUUUGGGUGUAGGCCUUGGUCCUUUGUCGUUCUUGACAAAGUACCGGAUACCACAUCCAGGAAGAGUCGGUGGGAGAUUCUUUAUUGACAUAGCGAUGCCUGUAAUGCUCAAUUGGGUCUUAGGUGGUAAUAGUUCAAAACUUGAAGGAAGACCUCUAAGUUGCAGACUCUCAGACAAAGCUAGUGACCAAUUGCAGACGUGGUUUGAAGAUGAUAAUGCGUUAGAGCGUGCUCUUAAUGGAGAAUGGUUUCUGUUACCAUUUGGAGAUGAUGCUGUUCAGGAACCUAUCUGUUUAAGUAGGGAUGAGAACAUACCUUGUAUGGUUGGGAGUGAAUCACAGGAAGACUUUCCUGGGAAGUCUAUAGUGAUUUCCUCACCCCAGGUCUCCAAAAUGCAUGCGAGAAUUAGUUACAAAGAUGGUGGUUUUUAUGUGAUAGAUUUGCAGAGCGAACACGGCACCUUUAUCACAGAUAAUGAUGGGAGACGAUCUAGGGUCCCUCCAAACUUUCCUACCCUAUUUCAUCCCUCGGAAGCAAUAGAGUUUGGCUCUGCUGGGAAGGCAAAAUUCCGAGUCAAAGUGAUGAAAUCUCCUGCAAAGAUUAAAGAGAAGGGAGGAAAUGAAAUUCUCCAAUCUGUGUGAUAAUCAGAGCGUCAGCCUUUUCAAGUUAGAGAGGGAGAUGUACAGCAUUUGUUUGGAGUAGAGUAAUGUGAGAUGCAACAGAAGAUUGGUUAGGAGUACAGAGCUUUAUACAGAACUUGAAAAUCUCAUACAACUGUUUUUAGUUGAAAGCUGAAACAUGUAAUGCACAUUUAAAAAGAUCGUCAUCAAUACAGGAUUGUCAAGCAAGAAAGCACUUUCCUAGAUGGAAAA